CGUCGAACUUUGGUUUCUGCUCGUACCGAACUGUACGAGUAUCAUGUUGAUUGUAAACAUCAUUCUCUUUACGUCAGCGAUAUGUUCCGCCACGAUAGUCGUGACUUCGACCGGCGCUUCCGUCACGUCAGCAACGUCUACCAAAUCGAAACGCGUAGUUGUAGAUCCCGGCCACAAUAUCCGUAAUAAUCAGGAGCAAUCCCGAGGUACUCAAACUACGCCGAGGAUCCCGUCGCCUCAGGAUAUUAACUCGAGAUCAUCGCCUCGUUAUGGAAACGCCAAGGCGCCGGAUACUCAGAGAGCGCCUUACAUCAGCAGCGCGAACCACGGGCCCGGUACCUACGCGUAUGGCAGCGUGCCAAAGCGGCCGCUUUCCACCCCCGUCAUCCGUCAGAUCGAGUCUCAUCGGAGCAACCUGCUGGCACCGUAUUUCGGCAUACUGAAUAAUCCCGAUGCGUACAAGGCUGCGAGGAGCGUCGAGAAACCGCUCGAGAGAGACGUGUCCAAAUCGAUCGUGUCGCAGUCGCUCCAGAAACUGCAGGGCAUCUACUCGCCCGGCUACAACGCGUUCCAUCAGAACAAGCCGAUUGAAUUGUCGAGCUUUUCCGACUUCGAGUAUCCCUCGUUCGGCAGUAUCGGCAAGCUUAUCCCCCAGGGCGUUUCUUCGCCCACCGUACAGGCGCCGGUGUACAAAAGUAUGAGUUAUCCGCUCUCAAAACUUACCGAUUUCUCGCACGUUUACGCGCCGAGCAUUCCAACGGUGUCGGGCGUCGCUCCUCCGUUUUCGGAGAAAACGAGGCAGAAAGAUGAAGCAAUCGUAGACGUGAACGGUAAGAAGAUCUCGGUCCCGGUCAUUCAACUCACGAGCAAUCUGGACUUCUCGGAAGUUCUGCCCGCCUUCGAGAGUCAGCCGUUCCUAAGUUCGCUAAGCGCGAACUAUCCGAUCGAAUCGGACGUGGGAUUUAAGUUUGGCAGCGGGUCGAAAGUCAACAUGGCACUUCAGUCAAGCAACGUCUCGCCGUUUUCGUCGCCUCUGUCGAGUUUCCAAGGUCAAGUGGUGCCGAUCCAGACGGCCAACGGUAGCCCGCAAUUUCCGCAGUACAAAGGCGCCAGCAUACAAGCUUACCCAAUUGCGAGUAAUAUUCCUAAAGCGCAGGGCAAUUACGAGUCCCUUUAUAAUCAACCGCACUUGCACUUUGACAAGGUACAUAAUGGCAAUAUGCAGCCUGUUAAUGCAGGACAAAAUAAUAUUCAUCCUUCCGUCUCAACGCAAGACAUUCUGAAUGAUGUAGAGCUUAUCAAUAAGAAAAAUCCGGAGCCACAUACACCCCAACCUGAUGAUGACGACGACGAUGAAGAUGAUAGGGAAGAUAAAAGAUACAAAAAUCCGGAUAAAGAGUACAGUUCUGAAGAGGACGAUGUGGAGCGUCGACCAGGAAAGUCUUUCAAAGCGUCACCGACGGAAAGUGACUUUAAGCCUUCACCAUCUUACCCUUUCAAAGAGUACGACGAGAGAUUUGGAAAGCUUCUUGUUAGAGCGCAACAUGAUAAUGACGAUGAUGACUUUGAAGAUAAACCAUCUUCCAGCUAUAAGAAUUAUCCAUCAGACGACGACGAAGAGGAAGAAGACUCAUCGUCGGAGGACCGUGCAGAAUACAUUGAAUCCUCAAAACCGUCGCGUGACUCGUACGAGGAAGAAGAUGAUGAGGAAGAGGAAGAAGAAAGCCGCAAGCAGGAGAAACGCAAGAAAGUCAAUGAAGGCUUUCGCGAGGCACCUAAACGAUCCAAAUAUUAUCAAAAGGACUUUGAGCAGGAAUUUGAAGAAGGUUACAAGGAAGAGCUACCGAAACAAGAAUAUGUGCACGUGAAAGAAGUGCCAGAAAUAGACAGUAAUAAUAAUCCAAGUCCCGCUUCUAAGCGGCAACAAAAGCAUAGCAAUCAAUCUCGCGUGAAGCACGGCCAAUCCAAAGAGUCGAAGAGUCAAGAAUCUCGCAAUUCGCGAAAAAAUUAUAAAGUACCAAAGACGGAUUACAGGGACAGCACAGCUUAUGGCUCGGACAUCUCCGCGAAAACGUCGCCCAAAGUGAUCUACGAGGAGUUUUUCGGAUACAAAAAACCCGAGACCGGAAAAUAUUCUAAGCACGCGAAAACCGGGAAGUCGCUCACCAAGAAAUCGCCGAAGGAAGACGGUCACCACCUUCGUGCCGCUAAGUAUUACAAAUUCAAGAAUCUCAAGACCGGCAGCGACGUCAGCUCCGAAGACAAGAAAGAUCCGCAUCCGCUUUCCAUCGCGAGCAACACUUGGAAAUUGAAUAAAAACUCACCUGAGAAAAAGGUGAUUCCCAGAUCGAAUGUGAGACAAUUGUCAGAUCCUGAUGACGGGGCUUCUUUUUACGGGCCAAGUAUAGAGAGCGGCCGAGCGCGUUCUAUCACAAAUGAAGAAAUUUUUCGCGAUCUGACAGGAAUCUGAGCGAUCGAAGUAAUAUUGUAAUAUACCAAAUAUUGAGUUAAGAAAUAUUGCGUAUGCAUAUUCUCUGACCAAAUUUUCUGGUGAAAUCUUAAAUAUCGUAUAUGAGAAAAUCUGUCUUUUUUUUUUCUUAAAAGAAACCAGGUA